UCAACCGUUUACUAGUUCUCCGUCGCCUUUCUUUCGUGUGUUUUUAUUUUUUAUUUCUGUAGAAAGAGAGAAAAGAAGAAGAAGAAGAAGAAGAAGGGAGAAAAAGCGAGGGAAGAAAUGCUGUUAGGGAUGGAGGAUUUCUUGAAGGAGUGCGAGAAGUCAGGGGAUUCUGCUUACAAUGCUCUGAAAUCAGUGCUAGAGAAGCUGGAGGAUCCUAACUCCAGAGCUGAUGCCAGGAUCUUCUUGUCCUCGCUUCAGAAUCGCUUCCUUUCUAAGGAAGAUUCCGAUCGUUGCUUCCAUACCUUCCAUUUCCGCAUUCAUGACGUCCUCCUCGCCGAUUUCCAAGGUUACCAGGAGAGAAAAAAAUUGACAUUGUUGGAGAUUCCAAGCAUUUUUAUACCGGAAGACUGGUCUUUCACCUUUUAUGAAGGAAUAAACAGGCAUCCCGAUUCCAUUUUCAAGGACAAGGCGGUUGCCGAGCUUGGCUGUGGAAAUGGCUGGAUAUCAAUAGCUCUUGCUGAGAAGUGGUCCCCUUUGAAGGUUUACGGUCUUGAUAUAAACCCAAGGGCAGUCAAAGUUGCUCGGAUUAAUUUAUACUUAAAUGCUUUGGAUGAAAAUGGGCUUCCUAUCUAUGAUGGAGAGAAGAAAACUUUGCUUGAUAGGGUGGAGUUCCAUGAAUCUGACCUGCUAGGUUAUUGUAGGGAUCACAACAUACAGCUCGAACGAAUUGUUGGAUGCAUACCUCAGAUUCUCAACCCAAAUCCAGAGGCUAUGUCAAAGAUGAUUACUGAAAAUGCCAGUGAGGAGUUCUUAUAUUCCUUGAGUAACUAUUGUGCGCUCCAGGGUUUUGUUGAGGAUCAGUUUGGCUUAGGUCUAAUUGCUAGGGCAGUUGAGGAGGGCAUUGCUGUUAUCAAACCCAUGGGUAUCAUGAUCUUCAAUAUUGGAGGCCGUCCUGGUCAAGGUGUUUGUAAGCGCUUGUUUGAACGCCGUGGUUUCCGCAUUGCAAAGCUUUGGCAGACUAAAGUAAUUCAGGCCACUGAUACAGACAUCUCAGCUUUAGUCGAAAUUGAGAAGAAUAGCCCUCAUCGUUUUGAGUUCUUCAUGGGGCUUGUUGGUGAUCAGCCUAUCUGUGCUCGAACAGCCUGGGCCUAUGGGAAGUCUGGUGGUCGCAUUUCACAUUCUUUAUCAGUUUACAGUUGCCAACUUCGCCAACCAAAUCAGGUCAAGACCAUAUUUGAUUUUCUCAAGAAUGGCUUCCAAGACAUCAGCAGUUCCUUGGAUUUAUCUUUUGAUGAUGAUUCAGUAGCUGAUGAGAAGAUCCCAUUCCUAGCUUAUCUGGCCAGUGUUCUGAAAGAGAAUUCAUUUUUUCCCUAUCAGCCUCCAGCUGGAAGCACACGAUUUCGCGAUCUUAUUGCAGGAUUUAUGAGGAUAUAUCAUCAUGUACCUGUUAAUUCCAAUAAUGUUGUUGUAUUCCCGUCAAGGGCUGUGGCGAUUGAGAAUGCUCUUCGACUGUUUUCACCACGGCUGGCUAUUGUUGACGAACAUCUGACCAGGCACUUGCCCAAGGAGUGGCUAACAUCUUUGGCAAUUGAGGAUGACAAGACUGCAGAUGAUGUCCUUACUGUGAUUGAAGCUCCUCGCCAAUCAGAUCUAAUGAUUGAGUUGAUAAAGAAGAUGAAACCACAAGUUGUCAUUACAGGCAUGGAACAUUUUGAGGCAAUCACCAGUUCUGCUUUUGUGCACCUUUUAGACACUACUAGAGACAUUGGUUCGCGACUUUUCUUGGACAUAUCUGACCAUCUUGAGCUAUCAAGUUUACCUAGUUCAAAUGGGGUACUGAAAUAUCUUUCUGGGAAUGCUCUGCCCUCACACGCAGCAAUUCUGUGUGGUCUAGUUAAAAAUCAGGUGUAUUCAGAUUUGGAAGUAGCUUUUGUCAUUUCUGAAGAAGAGAGCGUAUUUAAUGCUCUAUCCAAGACCGUUGAGUUACUAGAAGGGCAUACUGCUUUGUUUAGUCAGUACUACUAUGGUUGCCUCUUCCAUGAGCUUCUGGCAUUUCAGCUUGCUGACCGUCAUCCCCCUUCGCAGAGGGAAUGUGCAAAGACGAAAUCUGCUGAGAUGAUUGGCUUUGCAAGCUCUGCCAUUUCAACCCUCAAUGAUGCAGAGCUGUCCAUUACGGAACCAAAGGAUUCAUCAUUGAUUCACAUGGAUGCAGAUCAAAGCUUCCUGCCUGUUCCUUUAGCCAUCAAGGGUGCUGUCUUUGAGAGUUUUUCUAGACAGAACAUGGGCGAAUCCGAAACUGAUGUUAAGAGUGGGAUCCAACAGUUUAUCAAGAGCAAUUACGGGUUCCCAGCAAAUAGUACUUUAGAGUUCAUAUGUGGGGACUCCCCACUGGCUCUGUUCAACAAGAUGGUCCUUUGCUGCAUCCAAGAAAGUGGCACUCUGCUCUUUCCUUCUGGCUCAAAUGGAACUUACGUGUCUGCUGCCAAGUUCAUGAAAGCUAACAUCAGGAAUAUCCCCACCAGUCCAGAAGAAGGAUUUAAGAUUACGGAGAAGACACUUGCAGGUUUGCUUGGGACAGUAAAGAGGCCGUGGGUUUAUGUUUCAGGGCCAACAGUUAACCCAACGGGCUUGCUUUAUAGCAAGGAAGAGAUCCAAGGAAUACUGUCUCUAUGCGCCAAGUUUGGAGCAAGGGUGUUGAUUGACACUUCAUUUUCAGGACUGGAAUUCGAAACAGAUGGUUGGGGCAGAUGGAAUUUGGAAGACAGUUUAUCAAAAAUUACAGGCUCAGACUCUGGUUUCUGUGUGUCUUUGCUCGGGGGGCUGUCUUUCGAGAUGCUGACCGGAGGACUCUCAUUCGGGUUUCUGGUUCUAAAUCAGCCUCUUCUGAUUGAAUCAUUUUAUUCAUUUCCCGGCUUGAGCAAGCCGGAUAGCACUGUUAAGUAUGCUAUAAAGAAGCUAUUGGGUUUGCGAGAGCAGAAAGCAGGGAUUCUAUCUGAGGCUAUUGCUGAGCAGAAAAAGAUCCUGAAGAGUAGAUCUAAACGCUUAAAGGAGACGCUGAAGAGCUGUGGUUGGGAUGCAAUUGAUUGCUGUGGUGGUGUUUCCAUGGUUGCAAAGCCAUCAGCUUAUCUAGGGAAAACCCUCAAGAUCAGCCACUCUAAAGGGUUGGACCCAAGCAGUGGCUCUUAUGAAGCCAAGCUCACCGACUCCAAUAUCCGGGAAGCUGUUCUCUGCGCCACCGGUUUAUGCAUCAACAGCGGCUCGUGGACUGGCAUCCCGGGUUUCUGCCGCUUCACAAUUGCCCUUGAGGACACUGAAUUCGAACGGGCAUUGGAAUGCAUAAUCAGCUUCAAGAAGUUGGCUCUUGGCAAUUAAGACCUCUACAUUUUUUCCAGCCAUAUUGGUUGUUGCGACUUAGGUGUUGCACAAAAUAAAUGGCUUCUGGUUGUGGGAAAUCUAUGGAUAGAAUCAUACUUCUUUCUGUUUCUCUUUGUUGGUGGUUUUGAUGGGCACCCUGUAAACAAAAAUGUCCUAAUGGCAAAAAGAUAUUUUACUACAGGAUUCCAAAACCA